ACGCUUCGUUCAUCACUUUCUCUCUCCAAAGCCUUCCUCUUUGCUUCUCUCUCCUCCCAUGGCAGCGUUUCUCUCUCUCUCCUCCCCAUACAACAAUCCUCCACUCUCCACAUAACCACCAAACCUCCCUUCAUCACUCCAAUUCAAAUUCCCUUUUUAUUAUUUUCCCACAAAACCCAAAACUCCAAUUCUCAUUCCGGCAAAAUUGUGAAAAAUUCUCUCUCAAUUCUUCGACUUUCGGAUCCACAUUGAAGAUUUCUUGCUCAAUCCUCAUUCAAUCCGCACAAAUCCUAACAAAAUCGAGGCAAUUUGUGUGUUUAAAACCUAAUUUAAUUGGUGAAUUAUCUUGAUUGAGUUGGUUGAAGUGUUUGACGGUGGAUUGAUUUUGGUUGAGAUGUUAGGGCAUGUGAAAUUGUCAGGGUUUUGCAACCUAAUUCCGGUUAAUUUGUUGAAAUUGUUUUGAAAGAGGGUUAUAUAUAAUAUGGCUCUUCAUAAAAAGCCCCCUCCCAACGAACCACCUAGUGGGAGUUUGAAACCGUUAAGUCUUUCAAGUAAGGUGAAGGAAAGAAAUCAACUUGUAGAUGUGAAUAAACAUGCGAAAGAAGCUGAAGUAGAUAUCGACCUCAAGGAGGUCUACUUUUUGAUUAUGCAUUUUUUAUCGGCGGGCCCAUGUCACCGCACUUACGGUCAAUUUUGGAACGAACUUCUUGAGCAUCAACUCUUGCCUAGAAGAUAUCAUUCUUGGUAUUCAAGAAGUGGUGGUACAAGCGGGGAUGAAAACGAUGACGGGAUGUCGUUUCCACUGAGCUACAAUAAGUUGGUGGAAAGGUAUCCUCAUGUGGAGAAGGAUCACUUAGUGAAGCUGUUGAAGCAAUUGUUAAGUGGUGCAGCUUCUUCAUCACAGGGCCACACUCGUUUGAAUGCUGCUGCGGUUCCUACUCUGUUGGGAACCGGCUCUUUUUCACUUCUGAGCGAUGAUGUGAAAAAGGGAGAGAAUGAAGUGAGACGGCCACCAGGGUUCAUGCGAUGGCCUCAUAUGCAAGCUGAUCAGGUGCGUGGGCUGGGCCUAAGGGAAAUCGGUGGAGGGUUUUCUAGGCAUCAUCGCGCACCGUCUAUUCGGGCCGCUUCUUAUGCCAUUGUCAAACCAUCCACCAUGUUUCAAAAGAUGGAAAAUCUUAAGAAGCUUAGAGGCCAUCGGAAUGCUGUCUAUUGCGCAAUAUUUGACCGAUUAGGGAGAUAUGUUAUUACUGGUUCAGAUGACCGCCUUGUGAAAAUUUGGUCGAUGGAAACUGCUCUAUGCUUGGCCAGCUGUCGCGGACACGAUGGUGACAUUACAGACCUUGCUGUGAGCUUCAACAAUUUAUUUGUUGCUUCUGCAUCAAAUGAUUGCAUUAUUCGAGUUUGGCGAAUAGCUGAUGGACUUCCAAUUUCAGUAUUGCGUGGACACACAGGAGCGGUUACGGCAAUUGCCUUUAGUCCUAGACUAGGCUCUGUUUAUCAGCUACUGUCGUCUUCUGAUGAUGGAUCGUGUAGGAUUUGGGAUGCUAGAAAUUCUCAGUUCAGUCCACGUGUAUACGUACCGAAGCCUCCGGAAGCUCAAGCUGGGAAAAACAAUGGACCAUCAACAUCAACUUUUGUUCAUCAAAAUCAUCAGAUAUUUUGCUGUUCAUUCAACGCUAAUGGGACUGUUUUUGUCACCGGAAGCUCAGACACUCAUGCAAGGGUUUGGAACGCUUGUAAAUCUAGCAGCGAUGACCCGCAGCAACCCAAUCAUGAGAUGGAUAUUCUAGCAGGGCAUGAAAACGAUGUUAACUAUGUACAGUUUAGUGGCUGUGCGGUGGCUUCUAGGUUUUCUCCAUCUGAUGUCUCAAAAGAAGAAAACCUUCCGAAGUUCAAAAAUACAUGGUUUACCCAUGACAACAUUGUUACGUGUUCCCGUGAUGGCAGUGCAAUUAUCUGGGUUCCAAAAUCACGCAGAUCUCAUGGAAGAGUUGGACGGUGGACACGCGCAUAUCAUUUAAAAGUUCCACCACCGCCAAUGCCACCUCAGCCACCAAGAGGGGGCCCACGGCAAAGGAUUCUUCCUACUCCACGUGGUGUUAACAUGAUUGUAUGGAGCCUCGACAACCGCUUUGUCCUCGCUGCCAUCAUGGAUUGCAGGAUAUGUGUUUGGAACGCUGUUGAUGGUAGCUUAGUUCAUUCUUUAACCGGUCACAGUGGAUCCACUUAUGUGUUGGAUGUUCAUCCUUUCAAUCCAAGAAUAGCUAUGAGUGCUGGAUACGAUGGCAAAACAAUAGUCUGGGAUAUAUGGGAAGGAUUACCUAUUCGUGUAUUUGAAAUUGGGCGCUUUAAGAUAGUUGAUGGAAAGUUUUCUCCUGACGGGACAUCCAUUAUACUUUCUGACGAGGUUGGUCAAUUACAUAUACUGAGUACCGGACAAGGAGAGGCGCAAAAUGAUGCUAAGUAUGAUCAGUUUUUUCUUGGAGACUACAGGCCCCUUAUUCAAGACGGUCAUGGAAAUGCUCUAGAUCAGGAAACACAACUUGCUCCCUAUCGAAGGAAUAUGCAAGAUCUCCUUUGUGAUUCAGGCAUGAUACCGUACCCGGAGCCUUACCAAAGCAAAUACCAACAAAGACGGUUAGGAGCGUUGGGGCUUGAAUGGAGGCCGUCGGGAUUGAGAUUUGCUGUAGGAACCGACAUAAGCCUUGUUGACCAAGAAUUCCAAGUACCACCAAUUGCUGACUUGGAUAUUCUGAUGGACCCACUUCCCGAGUUUGUUGAUGUCAUGGAUUGGGAACCAGAAAUAGAAAUACAAAGUGAUGAAAACGAUUCAGAGUAUAAUGUAACGGAAGAGUAUCAUUCAGGUGGAGAGCAAGGAAGUUUGAGUUCUAAUGCUUCUGCUAGUCUUGAAUCUGGUGCUGGUGACAGCGAGGAUCAAAGUUCUCGUGAUGACAUCAGCCGUAGAUCCAAAAAGAAGAAAAUCAAGGCAGAAGCUGAGUUCAUGACGUCUUCCGGAAGACGCGUAAAGAGGAGGAACCUGGAUGGUGAAGAAAGUUCACAUAGAAACGAUCGAAGCAGACAGUUAAGAUUUGGUCAAAAAGCCUCUAAAAGGAAGUCAUCUAAGUCAAAGUCAAAGUCCUCACGACCUCGAAGAGCCGCUGCACGUAAUGCUCUAAGUUUUCUAUCCCGAAUUAGCGGAAAAGCCACAGAAGGAGAAGAAGAAGAAGAGGAGGAGGAUGAGGAAGAGGACAUUCUAGAAGGCGAUUCAUCAGAAAGUUAUUCCAGUCAGCAAGAAACCGAAGCUGGAAGCGAAGAGACUGAAUUGUCCAUUGAAAAUGAAGAUAACGGACAUUUAAAAGGCAAAGAAAUAGUAUCUGAAGAUGUGGGUACCCCCCAAAACACACCCAAAAGGAGAUUAGUGUUUAAAUUUCCCAAUCGAGAUUCAAGUAAACGGGAAUUGGUGGGCCCAUCCUCCACUACAACUCCUCACGAUAUAGAUGAAUCAACAAAGAAUUUCUCCUCGAGUAACGGGAACUGCGAAUUUCUUGAAAAUAACGGAAACAGUUCACCAGCGGAAAAUAUAAAUCAUGUAAGCCUGCUCGAGAGAGACAUUAAAUGGGGAGGUGCAAAAUCGCGCUCUUCAAAACGGUCGAGAAUCAGCGCACCGAGACCGUUCAUUUCUGAAUCUAGAUAUCAGUCAUGUCCCAAUGUCGAUUUCAAGACUGAGAAUGUUGUCGAUUCAUCACCGGCCUUUGAAAAGGAAGAGUCAGUGGGCCCUUCUAGUUCUUCGGGUGUCCAAAUCCAAAAGGGCAAAAUGGUCAUAUCAGAUGAGGAACAAGAAAAUAGUCAAGAUAAAGAGACACCUAUUCCGUUACAGAUGAAAUUACGAAUAACUCCCACAAAAUUAAAGAUCAGAUCUUCAGUACUAGAAUCAAGAAAUGGGUCCACCUCAGAUAUUCCUGACCUGAAAAUUACAGAAAUGCCCCUAGAAGCUACUCGGGUUGACGAUACUUUGAGCUCUGAUAUACAAGACUCCCAGAAGCCAAAUUUGCGUGAAAAGAUGUUUAGAGAAGUGUACAGACGGUCAAAGUCAACUAGGAGUCGGACAAGUGUAGUAACCAACGGUGCAGGUCAGGAAGCAAGCACGUCUAAUGCAGAUAACAUCAAUCAGGACGAAAGAAUUGAAUCCCGAAUCCAUGAGACUCGACGAAACGUUAAUUUCCGAGCUGUUCAUAAUGUUUCUGAAGAUACAUCGAGUAAAGAAAAAUCUUCAACUGAUGGAGAAGAAGAAGAAGAAGAUAGAUUAAAUUCAAGACAUAAAGUAGGGUUAAGAUCCACCCGAAGCAGGAGGGCCGUUGAUUACAGUCGAAGAAACAGAUCUCCAGAGAAACGGAAACCACACCAAUCAACAAGAAGUUCUUGGUUGUUGCUUUCCGAUCACGAAGAGGGAUCGCGAUAUAUUCCUCAGUUAGGGGACGAAGUUGUAUACUUGAGACAGGGUCAUCAAGAUUACGUCGAAGCUAGUCGUUCAAGAGAUAUGGUUCCAUGGAGGUCACUAAAGGGCAUCAUCCGAGACGUUGAAUUUUGUAAAGUCAAAGAUCUUGAAUAUUCAACGCAUCCCGGUUCUGGGGAAAGCUGCUGCAAGAUGACCCUGCAGUUUGAGGACCCCACAUCCAAUGUGGUUGGUAAGACAUUCAAAUUGACCCUUCCGGAAGUUACCGGAUUCGGUGACUUUAUUGUUGAAAGAAGUAGAUAUGUUGCUGCUAUGAAGAGAGAGUGGAGCUGUCGUGACAAGUGUCGAGUUUGGUGGAAAAAUGACGGGGAAGAAGACGGGAAUUGGUGGCACGGUCGGAUUGUGGCGGUUAAACCCAAAAGUGCUGAGUUUCCGGAUAGCCCGUGGGACCGGUAUUCAGUUCACUAUAAAAAUGAUCCAAAUGUAUUUCUACAUAGUCCUUGGGAACUCUAUAAUGAUGAUAGCAUGGAAUGGGAAGAGCCCCGUAUUGAUGAUAAUGUCAGAAACAAGCUCAUUCGUGCUUUGUCCAAACUUGAAAAAUCUGGGAACAAAUCUGAGGAUCAUUAUGGUGUUCAGAAGUUAAAACAAGUGUCGCAUACAUCAACUUUCAUCAACAGGUUUCCAGUGCCUUUGAGCCUUGAAGUAAUCCAAUCUAGACUAGAGAACAAUUACUACAGAAGACUUGCAGCACUGAAACAUGAUGUUGAGGUGUUGAUAGAGAAUGCUGAAACAUACUUGGGGAGAAACAAAGAUAACGCAACGAAGAUUAGACGCUUAUCUGACUGGUUUACGAGGACGCUUUCGUCUUUGUAGCAGGAAAAUAUGUUAUGAUUGAAACAGUUUUGUAAAAAAAGGUUGGAUUUUGUAGGUGGAUUUUAAAAGGCAUCAUCAUCAAUCAAGACUGCUUUGGUUGGUUGAAGUUUAGGAAUUUCAGUUUUGUAUAGACUGGCUGACUAUACACACACAAAAUCUUAAACAGAGUCGUGAUUUCAAUCAGAUUCUGUGUCAAUCGAAUUGAUGGUUGACAAGUUUUAGUUUCAAAUUCUCCGUUUCAUAGAUUCUAUGUCGAUCGAAUUGAUGGUUGACAAGUUUUAAUUUCAAAUCCUUCCUUUCAUGUCA